CAAUACCCACAUUAUUCUCAGUAUCCAUCGUUUGUCCUUAGAAACACAGCAUGGGCAUCGACCAUGGCGAGCUUCACGUGUUAUUCUUCCCCUUCCCAGCAAACGGUCACAUCAUACCCUGCGUUGAUCUGGCGAGAGUCUUCGCCUCAAGAGGAGUGAAAAGCACCAUAGUCACCACUCCCCUCAACGUGCCCCUCAUUGCACGAACCGUAGGGAAAGCCAGCAUCCAAAUCCGAACCCUCAAGUUCCCCUCACCGGAGGAAACCGGCUUGCCCGAAGGCUGCGAGAAUUCCGACUCCGCGCUCUCCCCCGACAAGAUCAUCGCCUUCCUCAAAGCCACGCUGCUCCUGCGGGACCCACUUGAACAUCUCUUGCAACAGGAACACCCCACCUGCCUUGUCGCCGACAUGUUCUUCCCGUGGGCCACCCACUCCGCCGCCAAGUUCGGGAUUCCGAGGAUCGUCUUCCACGGCCUCGGCUUCUUCCCUCUCUGCGUGUUGGCCUCCGUGCGACAGUACAAGCCUCAAGACAAGGUUUCUUCGUACACCGAGCCCUUCGUGGUUCCGAAUCUCCCCGGAGAAGUAACGCUGACGAAGAUGCAGCUUCCGCAGACUCCAAAGGACGACGAGGUCUUCACCCAGCUCUUGGAAGAGGCCAACGAGUCGGAGCUGAAGAGCUUCGGCGUCAUCGCCAACAGCUUCUACGAGCUCGAACCGGUUUACGCGGAGCACUACAGAAACCACCUCGGGAGAAGAGCGUGGCACUUGGGACCGGUUUCUUUGUGCAACAGGGACACGGAGGAAAAGGCUAGUAGAGGAAGAGAAGCCGCGAUCGACGAACACGCGUGCUUGAAGUGGCUCGACUCCAAGGAAAAAGACUCGGUUGUUUACGUUUGCUUCGGUAGCAUGACAUCGUUCGGCGAGGCCCAGCUUAGGGAAAUAGCGAUGGGUUUGGAGGGUUCGGGGCAGAAUUUCAUAUGGGUGGUGAAGAAAGGGUCGAGUGAGAAGGUAGAAUGGUUGCCAGAAGGGUUUGAAGAAAGAGUUGAAGGUGGAGGGAAGGGGUUGAUCAUAAAGGGUUGGGCGCCGCAAGUGAUGAUUUUGGAGCAUGAAGCGGUUGGGGGGUUUGUGACUCAUUGUGGGUGGAAUUCGGCGUUGGAAGGGGUGUGUGCGGGGGUGCCGAUGGUGACGUGGCCCAUGUACGCGGAGCAGUUUUACAAUGCAAAGUUUUUGAACGACGUGAUUAGGAUUGGUGUGGGUGUUGGGGUGCAAACGUGGAUUGGGAUGAUGGGAGGGGUGGCUGUGAAGAAGGAGGUGAUAGAGAAUGCUGUGAAGAGGAUAAUGGUGGGAGAGGAAGCACAGGAAAUGAGGAACAGAGCCAAGGAGCUUGCCCUCAUCGCCACAAAGGCUGUCCAGGAAGGAGGAUCGUCUUACUCCGAUUUCAACUCUUUAAUUCACGAUUUGAGCUUGCAUGCACAUUGAUGUGUACACAAACUUGUUAAUUUCCAAUGUCAUGAUCCUUUUGUUUUGUGCUGAAUGUUUAUCACAUAUAUACUUCUUUCCUACCACCAUCUUUACUAAUGAUACAUCACUGUUCAUUUACACGAU